AUGGCGGCACUGGGCCAUGCGCCGGAGGCCUGUGAAGCUGAUGUGCCCGCGCCGGAGGCUUGUGAAGCUGAUGGCCCCGCGCUGGGGACGCCGGGCCACGCGCCGGCGGCCAGGCCCGCCGCGGCUGGGAUGCCUGGUUGCUGCGCCGGCGGCUGGACCGCCGCGGUUGCUGCGCCUGCAGGCCAUGUGCCCGCCACCAUGCCGGGAGGCACUCCCGCGGCGGCCAGGAGGGCACCCAAGGGACCCGUCGGCGGGCCUCCCGGCCACACGAACGAGGCACCGCCAGCCCCUCCGCCGGACACAUACGGCGCGCCGCUGGCCCCUCCGCUAGCCGCAUCCUGGAGCCCACCACCGGAUCUGCCCCUUUCGGCUGCCGGAUCCCAGUUUCCCGCCACCGGAGCCGCAUCCCGCUCAUCCAUGCCGCCCGCCGCCACCAGACCGAGACCGGCGGCUGCCAGACCUAGACCGUGA